AUGCAACAACUCAGCUUUGCCGUACAAUUCAGCUCCAGGGGCCAGUGUGACCUUUUGAUUCAGCCGCAGCGACGAAUUGUGGCGACUUUUGAUUUGCCCAAAGAUGCUUUGAGUAUUUUCAUGGGGUUUCAGUUCGAACAUUUUCACAGAGCCUCAAUAUAUAUCGAGGAUCUAGAUGAUGAUAACAGAUCUAGUAUGGAUGAUCCAACUCCUGCCACGGGAAUGGAUGAUGUCAAGCUCCAGUCGAUAAUUGCCAGUAUCCCAGAAGCUUUCAGGCUACAUGGUAUUUGGGAGCCUGAUGACGGCUCCUCCGAUGAAAAUUCUUCCGAUUCCGAGGACAUGUUUUCUGACACCGGAUCCGAAGAUUAUGAUGAAGAGGCUGAGGAGGGUAAAGAUAUGAAUGACACCAACGGUAACGAGGAAAACAACAACGACGAUGAAGAAGGUGACGACGAUGCUGUUGAUGAUGGUGAAGAGGACGAAGAAGGCGACAACGCGGAAAAUGAUGCAGAAGACAAUGAUGAAGAAGGCGGUCCUCCAAUCGUCCUCUUCAAUGUGCGUUUCGAUGAUCGCCUUCUGUGUGAGAGUGGAACAAAUGUCGAAGAGCAUGAUGAAUGUCCAAAUAGCAUUCUACGCGCUCAUAUGUGGGGUGCUCGUUCGAGACUACACUUAGACCACCACAAAAUGGGAUUCCUCUCGUAA